GAGAGAAAGAAAAAAGGGCUGAUUGUUGAAGGUUGCGGGGUUAUUAUCUUCGAACACGUCCAGCCAGCCGCAAGGCUGAAGGUUUUGAAACUUCGGGUAUGGAUUUCUUGGGCGGCCUGGAAAGUUUUGCCGAUCUGCCAGUGACGACUUUGUUUCCGAGUCGCUUCCAUCCCUGAGCUCUCCUCUCCCCCAGAUUUUGGCUCUCUCAAUACCACCACGGAUUGGCAAGAUGAGGUUAAGCCCGCGCUUGAUGAUGGCGUCGCCGACGGCGGCUGGGACCACGAAGGGCUUCAAGCCGGCGCCUAUGGCUCUCUUGCCGCCAAUUCCACUAUACCGAAGACUCCUGCGCGCACAUCGGAAGCACCUGCCCAAGGAGAUGCGGCUCCUGGGUGAUGAGUAUGUCAAGAGCGAGUUCCGAGCUCACCGGAACGUGGAGAAUCCCGUGCACAUCAUUGGAUUCCUGACCGAGUGGCAGAUGUACGCGCAGAAGCUGGAAGGCGAUUCCUGGAUCGGGGAGAAGAUGGACCCGGCCAAGAUCGAGAAAAUGAGUGAUCAGCAGCUCGGUCAGAUGUAUGAGCUCAUGCAGGCGAUACGGAACAGGGAACUUGGAGACGACGAGCAAUAGCAAGAAACGACAUUGUGUGAAUAUGUACAGAUAUGGAAAACAUGAAAGUUGCUAAGAGAUAUGGUUUAGAAUCUCUCCUUGAAGCCGGUGGGUCAUAGAGGUGCGGUGCAUAGGGGCGUCAGUGAUUCACCUGUGGCUGUCAUGUGGGGAACUUUGUCUGGGAAUCACUGGGAGCAAGAUGCUCCUGGAUCAUGUAUUAUUAACAUCCAUCCACAGAGGUAUAAAUCCAAGUGGAAUCGUUCAUACAGGGUGAGACGCCUAGCACCGUCCACAAAGAGCACGCCCUCCUCAUCAAACAUCCUAGUCACUCAACAC